CUGGUAUUCCCGACCAGAGAAGCAAGCACAUUUCUGCAACUGUUGCCUUCAGGGACAAAGUUUUCUUAAGAUUAACCUUUUAAAUCUAGUUUGAAGAUCCCAAGGUCUGGGACACGUGACCAGUGGUUUGUUUAUACAAAUAGCAAGCCCCGCUUUGGUUCUCAGCAGUCUUUGGACUUCAGCAGCAUGAAUGCGUCUCCGUGGCUGGCUUGUGCGGCGCUGUCUGUCUUCUGUGUUUUACAAGUCAGCUCUCUGGACACUUUUGUUGCAGCCAUUUACGAGCAUGCUGUGAUCCUGCCAAAUGACACCCUGACACCCGUGUCUCACAGUGAGGCGCUGGCACUAAUGAAUCAGAAUCUGAAUCUUCUGGAAGGAGCGAUCGUGUCUGCAGCAAAGCUGGGUGCACACAUUAUUGUGACUCCAGAAGAUGGCAUAUAUGGUAUGCAUUUCACCAGGGAUACUAUCUACCCGUACUUGGAGGAUAUCCCAGACCCUCAAGUGAAUUGGAUCCCCUGUGAUAAUGCAAACAGAUUUGGCUACAACCCAGUACAGGAGAGACUCAGCUGCUUGGCCAAGAAUAAUUCAAUCUAUGUUGUGGCGAACAUGGGAGACAAGAAACCAUGCAACACUAGUGACCCUCAGUGUCCUCCUGAUGGGCGUUUCCAGUACAACACUAAUGUGGUGUUUGAUUCCCUGGGCAAACUGGUUGCACGAUACCAUAAGCAAAACCUUUUCAUGGGUGAAGAACAAUUCAACGCACCCAUGGAGCCCGAGUUGGUGACUUUCAACACCCCGUUUGGAAGGUUUGGCAUCUUCACAUGCUUCGAUAUCCUCUUCCACGAUCCUGCUGUCACCCUGGUGACCAAGUUUCAGGUGGACACCAUACUGUUCCCAACCGCUUGGAUGGACGUUCUGCCUCAUUUGGCAGCCAUUGAAUUCCACUCAGCUUGGGCUAUGGGCAUGGGGGUCAAUUUACUUGCAGCCAAUAUACAUAGUCCCUCGAGGAGAAUGACAGGAAGUGGUAUCUAUGCCCCAGACUCUCCAAAGGCCUUUCACUAUGACAGGAAAACCAAUGAGGGAAAACUUGUUCUAGCGCAGCUGGAUUCCCACCCAAGUCGCUCCACUGUGAACUGGACUUCUUAUGCCAGCAGUGUAGAAGCACCCGCAACAGGAAACCAGGAAUUUCAGAGCAUCAUUUUCUUUGAUGAGUUUACCUUUGUGGAGCUCAAAGGAAUCACAGGAAAUUACACUGUUUGCCAGAAUGAUCUCUGCUGUCAUCUAAGCUACCAGAUGUCUGAGAAGCGAGCUGAUGAAGUUUAUGCCCUUGGGGCAUUUGAUGGCUUGCACACUGUGGAAGGGCAGUAUCAUCUGCAGAUCUGUACUCUGCUGAAAUGUAAAACCACCAGUUUACACACCUGUGGUGAUUCAGUGGACACAGCUUCUACCAGGUUUGAAAUGUUCUCCCUCAGUGGCACAUUUGGAACUCAGUAUGUCUUCCCCGAGGUGUUGCUGAGUGAAGUCAAGCUUGCACCUGGGGAAUUUCAGGUGUCAAGUGACGGACGUUUGUUUAGCCUGAAGCCAACAUCUGGACCUGUGUUAACAGUCACUCUGUUUGGGAGGUUGUAUGAGAAGGACUCGGCAUCUAGUGCUUCCUCAGACCUCAUAACACACUCACUAAUGAUAAUAACGAGAAUGGAACCUUGAGAUGCUGAGAAAGAUCUUAACAUGAAGAAUGGAAAUGCCUGAGGUCUGAAAGACAGGGUACCCUUUAAGAAGGAGCUUGCUGAAUCUGUGAACCCAGCAAGCCUUGGGGUUUUGCCUGUCUGCCUCCUCAGCGGUGGGGUUAGAGGCAUGCACCACCAUGCCUGGCUUUUCAUAGAAUAGAACCUUGAGAUGCUGAGAAAAGUCUUAACAUGAAGAAUGGAAAUGCCUGAGGUCUGAAAGGUGGUGGCUAGGAGCUGGAGAUUGGAAAUCAGACCAACACAGAACAAAAUUCCUUUACUGAUCCAUUGUAAAAAUUUACCAGAGGACUGGAGAGAUGGCUCAGAGGUAAAGAGCACCAACUGUUCUUCCAGAGGUCCUGAGUUCAAUUCUCAGUGACCAUGUGGUGGCUCAUAACCAUCUAUAAUGAGACCUGGUGCCCUCUUCUGUCCUGCAGAGAGAACAAUGUGUAGAUAAUAAAUAAAUCUCUAAAAAAAAAGAAAAAAGAUUUUUUAAAAAUCAGAUUUUGGUUCCUUGCUUAAUACAUAAAUGGUGAAAUUGUUUAAAGUCUUGGAAAUACGCCCGGGACUUCAUGCAAUGGUCUUGGCUCAGGAACGGGUAUAGGGCCAAUGAAAGUUCUUCAUGGUUCUCUUCUCUGUGUCUUUUGUUUCCCGCAAUUCUCCUCUCCUCUGUCCUCUCCUUGGCUGUCCCCUCCCGCUUCCCACUUCUCUGCAUCUUUACUGCCAGCAGCUGCCCAGGCUCUGCUGCCACAGGCGGACUGUUCAGUCCUCAGGAGUAUGUAAGAAGCAACAAAGACAUGAAGACGACACACUGUGAAACCCACCAUCUUUGAGUGCCACCGAAGUUUCUUCUAACCUUUUCCAUCCCACAGAGAAAAAAAAUGCAAAAUGGCUAGCUUGACUCUUACUGACUCACUUCAUUUGGGCUUUUGGAAUCAAGAAACCCAAUAUAAAACCCCACACUCUGAAAUCUGUGGAAGGCUGCCCUCUGCAGGCCUGCCUGGGACGAAUACUGUAUUAAAGAGUCUGGUAGGAUAAGAAAUCCUCAUUUUAGCUGAAUGUGGAUGUUCAUGCCUGCAGUUCCAGAACUCGGGAAAUGGAGGCAGGGAGAAGACUUUUGGAUCAUCCUUGCCUACAUAAUAAAUUCAAGGCCAGCCAUGGCUAUAUAAGACCCUGUCUCAAAGCAAACAAACAAUGACAAAAAUAAAUUAAUGGCCAAAGUGCA